GUGGGGUUCGCUUCGUUCCUACGUUUCGUCAUUCCUGCCACUCGCGGUGGUCUUUCCUGUCGCGUCUCUGCUCAGUGGUUGUUCCAUUAGAGUAAAUAGCGAGACGAAACUUACUGGAUACGCGUAGUUGACAGUGUACUCGGGGGCAUCGGCUUUUGCCGAUCUCCUCGCGAAAAGGACAGAAUUAAUCGUCCGAUCGGCAAUGUCGUUCGAUCAUCCAUUGACUGCACAACGCGGUGUGUUUAUUGUUUGGUGAAUGUUACAGUGAGUCGCUGUGUCUCGUGCAACAUUGUUCGUCCCUGUGAGUGAAUUUUCUACACUCGAAGUAACCCGAAAGGAGAUGAGACGAGACACAGAAGCAGAAGCAGAAGCAGAAGCUGCCAGCCGCGAAUUGGGUUACGUCCCGUUCGCCUGGCAACGAUAUAUGACGCAACGGCCACCCUUCGUUAAUAUCACGGAUCCUCGUGAUCUUUACGUGCCGCUUUAACUGCAACAGGACUUUGCAAAGUCUCGCUGUCGAGACACGCGAAAAGGAAACGCGAAGUGCGUUCCAUGCGACCACCUAUCCCCGCCCCGACCACUCGAUUGCGCAGCUAGUUUUGGAGGUUAGCCGAUCACGAUUAAGAAACUUGAACGAAAGCGACACCCACAGAGCCAGCCGGAUCAGCUGUUUCCCCAGGACGACCUUUCGACUACCCUCGGUAGCCCAAAUGCCAGUCCGGCACGCGAGCCUUCCGAAAAUCACCGUCUCGAAAGCUCCUUGGUACCGGCGUGAACGGAGGAAGGACAAUGUUGUCGUACAUGCUACCGACCGAGGACAAACCGCCACCCGGAGACUCGAAUCAGGGCAACUAUCGCGCUAGUAAGUUGCAGAAGAGCCCGAGAGAACGUCCGCCGAUAGCGAGCAAACCUGCAGGCAAAGUGAUCACCGUUUCCCCGAAGAAGUACGUCGACUCGAGCAGAAGCAUCAUGAUCGUCUCGACGAAAAUCGAGGAACACGAGGACGGCGAUCAGCAGAACAGGCAGGACGAGCAGCAACAGCAUCACGGGGUGUCGGCCGAGAGCCCGAAGCACAAUGGCACCGUGGUGAAGAAGUCCACUCUGCACACCGCCAAGGUGACCAAAGAUGACAGCCUGUACAGCAUAAAUAGCGACGCCAGCACGGUCGGCAGCGAUCGGAAGACUAAGAUGCUCUUUUCUGCCAAACAUUGUUCCCUGAAAAAAGUUUCCUUCGGUUCGAGCAAAGGAUCGAUGGUGGAAACUUUGGUAUACGAGACACCUGUUCAGGAAGAACCGGAGAUCAAUCGUUUUAUGGACCACAACGGACGCAUACCCUCUAUAAUCGCAUCUGUACCUGAUACCGACGAAGGUAGGGAAAUGGUACGCGUGUCGUUGCUAGGUCCACAACCUUCACCGACAACGCCCGGCGUAUUUCAGGUGCAGCCUAUCGCGAUAUCGAGGACUCAACCGAUCGACAUGGACACCGUUCCGGCCGAACUCCUGACCACGCACACCGAACACACAGCUCCCGCCUAUCACACGCAAAUCAGCACCGACAGUGGAUGGGAUAAUCCAUUCAGACCCGACGGCGACCUGUCCAGGGAAGCCGACGAGAUAGUGGAAUUGAUAAAAGGCGGAAAACCUAUCACUCCGACCCCUGGACAAACUGCUCCCCCGUUGCCAGGAUGCGACAACGUGACCAGCAACGUGCAGACCACCGUCGACCACGACUCCAGUUCCAGCCCCUUGCUGAAAUCCUCCGCGAACUCGACGAAUCGGCUCGCGAACUCGUCGCCGAAGCCCGGCCAGGAAAACGGAAACGCCCAUGGCACUCCGAUGAAAGCUGCGACUGCGAACAGCCAGCAGCCUGUCAACGAUAAGGUUGUCACAUCGUCGAGAGCAGCUACCGUCGAAGUGGCUAGAAUGACAGCGCAGGGACCAGGCGACGCUUCGCAGGUCGAACACGUCACCUUGAAGAAGAAGCCUAAAUGUAAAUGUUGUCUUCUGCAGUAAUGGAAAGGAAGCAAGCCAUCGCGUGGAUGUCUCAGCAGACGGAUGAUCGUCCGUUGUUGAAGAUGCAUCGUGACAUGGUCGCCGAUGAAUUGUCGGUUCACGUUUCUCGAAAUGGUCGCUAUACGAGUGCCGUGGAAAACAUUGUAAUUCCCUUUGUUACACCCUACUCCAAAAACGAGUUUCGCGGAGAGGUGGAGGAACGCAGCUACGAAGAGGAAAUGUGCGAUCGCGUGAACGCCGCGUCGUAUUCUAUUUUCCGAAACGGGUUCGAGAAUUUUCCUACGGCGGGGAUACGAGUUGGUCGCGUUGAUCAUCGUCGAAAGCAAGCUGCUGCUAGAUGGAGUGGAGAUGUCCUGAAAAAAUGCGAGCGAUGGCUAUCGAUACGAAUGAAAAGAGAAUCCCGAUACUGGUCGAAGCGACGAUGAUAUCGAGCGAAUUGAUACGACGCGACACUGGAAGAUACCUGACCGAGCGUAAAAGCACCGAGCCUCUUGAUAGCCUUUCAGAAAGACAGUGGAGUGUCUAUAAAGUAACAGACUAUAUAAAAGGAGAGAAUAAAAAAAAAUAUAUAUAUAUAUAUACACAUAAAACUAUAUUGUAGAUACAGAAAUGGUAGUUGUAUAGCUUAUAUGCUUUUACUAUUGUGGUUAAUUACUGUCAAAAUUAUCGUGAUUUCGAGAAUGUGUUCGCGCAUUAUCGCGCGCGAAAAUGGCAAGACGCGAGCGUGAAAGAAAAAAAGUCGCAGUUGCACAGAAUGUUUAAAACUUACCGAGUUUACAGAACGCUAUUACUUCGUUGGACAUCGAUAUAAUAUCAUAGAUUCAUAGACUCUCGUUUUUACUAAAACUCAAAACCUCUAUAGGCAGAACUUUUACGAAAUUUUUUAACAUCGCGUAGAAUGUGUGCGCUAUCGAAGGGCUGUACCGAUGGUCGUGAAAGAGACGCGCAACUCGAUGAAAAGAGAAACGUCAAGCCAGCCGUAUUUUUUUCUCGCGUCUAAGCAUGAGAACGCGUAGAAUUUUUUCUCUUCGCGGAGAAGAUAUCAUCUAUCGAACUGCUUUACUUUCACACACAAACACACACACACACACACACAGAUCUUUUCUAUUCCGUUGCUGUUCUUUUCUACACCUCGCAUCAAAGAAACGCAAACCUAUCGAAAGAGAAACCUGUAAUUAAACGAGCUGGCGCUCGAUAGUCCAAACGCGUGAGUAACUAUUCAGGAUCGUCAAACAUGAAAUGUGUAAAUAUCGCGAUAUUUUUUGAAACAAAAUGUGUGAUUGUCGGCGAUCCGAAGAGUGCGAGAACGCGUUACGUUCCAUUCGAGUUGGUGCGGACGAACGGAUUCGACGACGGCUUGCUCUCCGCACUCGAACUCUGGUUUCUCGAUUGCUGCAGCGGCACAAAUUAAUUACGCAUCGAGAGAACUAUGAUGAACUCGUAAGUGGCAAGGCUCACGAAUAAUCGUUUAGCGAUUCCUUUCUCGAGACACAUUUUCGAUUCGAUGACCGUGUGCACGUCUUACGAAUUAUUUAUUUCCUUUUACCCCGUAUAUUUUUAUUUCGACGUGUCCAUUCGCCGCUUCAUCCCUUUUUAAUUCUAUGUAACGUUGUAUACGUGUAUUUCAAAGCAAAUCUUUUUAAAGGUGUAUAGAUUUAAAAAAGACACGCGAUUAAAGGGAUACGAGUAAAUGACGCGUUUACGAGACGAACAUUGUAGAAACGCUUCGGUGUUCGUUGGCAAGAAAACCGUUGAUCGGUUCUAUGCGUACUAAUUAUAUAAGAAAGGAAGAAAGCAGGAAAAAAGAAAGGAGUUAAAUCGUGUAUCUUCACUGCACCAGAAGAACUGCUGCUCGCGAUUGUCGAGCCGUUACGUCUAAGGAACAGAUGACACAAGGAUCCGCCCUGUAUCGAGCGGUGCUUGGUUCGCAUUAAUGGUUGUACGUGUGUGCGUGGCUGCGUAUCUGCGCGAGUGCCUGUAUU